UGCUUUCUGCACUUCCAAGCUGGUCACACUGAUUUUAUAAAUGCAAAAAAUUGAGUAUGUAUAAGUAUUUACCAUCGUGUCGUUAUAGGAAAAUUAAAAAUUGUGUCAUCUCGGGCUAAGAUAAAUGCCAAGAGUGUCUGGACAUUGGGCAUAAUAAACACAUACACAUACGCAUAUACAUAUGUAUUAGUGCGCAGAUAUAUAAAGAAAACAUUGAGAGAGAAAAAAAACAAUCCGUAUAAUUGUUUCAGUCAGUGGAAAAACCAUUGAACGCAAUCCAAUUAAAAUUCUAGUGUCUGAAAAGCGAGCUAUGUAGUCGGAUUUGUAGAUUAUGUACGAUUGUAUUGGACUAGGAAAUAAUCGAAAGUUACAUCAAAUCGUUGAAAAUCGAAGAAAAUCCAAGAAAAUGGCACUUGCAAAUGAUGGAAACGAUUAUAAUCAAUCCGAAAAGUUGCCCAUUUCGAUUGGCUUUACUGGGCAAUUGUUAAAUCAGUGAGCUACUGAGUGAGGAAUUACCUAAAAAGGGAAAAACACCCUCUCGCCAUGUCGGUAACAUCUUCGAUUGAAAAGCCCACAACUACUGCAGUUCAGCAACAACAGCAACAUCAACAACAACAGGAAAGCACAGCAGCAACCACUACAACAGCCACUAUUGCGAUUGCAGCUGGCCAACAACAACAGCAACAACAACCGCAACAACAACAACCGAAGCGAAAAUCCUUGAAUCCAAAACGUUCGUACUCCCUAUCGUCAUCGAGUGCAUCCAGUUCUGGUUCCUUUGGGGCGAUAAGGUCCGCGACAUCGCCAUUAGUCAGCGAGCAAGAGAGAAAGGGUUCGGCCGGAAAUAAUCAGCAGGGGCAGGCCUUUUUGCCAUUCAACUACUGCACCGAUACCGUAGCAGCCGUUCAUCACCAGCGACAGUCGUACGCAUUGGUCCAGAAACCACCAUCCUUGCGUUACCAAGGAAAGCCCCACACCCAUACCCAUAACCAAACCCAUUCGCAUCACCAUCAUCAUCAGCUGCUGGCCAACUUCUCGCCAACGAUGACCUCCUCGGAGCCCUCGUCCCCCUUGGCCGCCGAAGGCUCUGGAUCCGGAAUCCUCAGCCCAUCGGAGGUCACCACCCAUUGUUGCACCAAUGUCAAGGCCAAUAUCACUCCGUUGGCCACACAGAAAAUGCAUCGAACAAUACCAUCUGAUAAAAUUAACCUACGCCUCAUUCUUGUUAGUGGUAAAACAAAAGAAUUUAUUUUUAGCCCGUCAGAUUCCGCAGGUGAUAUUGCACAAACAGUAUUUGAUAAUUGGCCAGAAGAUUGGACUCACGAAACUGUAGCGAAAGCCGAAAUCUUGCGCUUGAUUUAUCAAGGUCGUUUUCUUCAUUGCAAUGUAACUUUAGGAGCGCUGGGACUUCCAUUAGGCAAAACGACUGUUAUGCAUUUAGUGCCACGUGAUAAUUUGCCAGAGCCCAAUUCACAAGAUCAAAGACAAAAUAGUAAAGGCGGUUCUGGACGAUGCUGUUCCACAAAUUGCUCUAUUUUGUAACUAAAUUAUUAUAUAAUAGUGUAAUAUUUAAAUUAAUUUGCAUUAAACAAAAAAAAAAGAAAUAAAAAAAUA